AAAAGGCACUUCAAAGCAAUAAAGCUUCUAUAAAUAUUUUAUUUAGUGAAAUAUUUAAUUUGCUUAUGUAUUUGAAAGAUGAUAUAAUAGUAAUUCAAGAAGAACUUGAUAUUGAUUUCUAUAGUUUCUUAGAAGAUAAUCUAGAUGUAAUACUAGAGAAAUACAUUAACAGGGAAGUAAAGAAAAUUUGGUUUACUGAAGAGAGACUACCGUUAUUUCUAAAGGUUACUUCUCAACAAUUAUAUGAAAUUUUUGUAAAAAAUUUAACUAGCACAGACCAGUAUCCAUAUUUAGAAUAA